CAUUAAAGCCUGCAUGACUUCAAUUAUUGCAAUGAUCCCAAAAGCAUGACAUAUCUGACCUGGUCACAUCCUCUAAAUGUGUAUUUUUAUUACCUCCUUUCUUCAAAGGGCACCCCACGCGCGUGGGACCACUCGUCUUGUUCAUCAGACUCCCCAAGCCCCAAAAAACCCCCCAUCCAUCCCUCUUCAAAUUUUCAACCAAAAUUUUCACUCAUUGGAUACCCAGUUUCUGCUUAAAAGACACAAAAGAACAUUGCCCUUUAUUUUUCAUUAUUGUUACAACACAAAUAUAUAUGCUUCUAACUUUCUUUGGAAUAGUAAAAGAUGGUCUCUUUGUCUGCUUGGAUUGAACAUUAAUAAAAAGCAGUUUUUUUUUGUCAAAAUCUCAUGCUAAUCUCUAAUCUGACUAUGGAAUUAUUUAACGACUAUCUUUUUUUUUUUAUUUUCUUUUUCUUCCCAGUGUUUUUCUCUGUUCAUACAUCAGGUUUAGCUCAAAAGAAUGGUUUUGUAUCAGUCUAGCCAAUUGGUUGAUGCCACCUUGGAAGAAACUGGUAAAGGUGCACUAUUUUGGUUGGCUAGUCAGCUCUCCCAGGCGGGGUCAGAUUUCAUUUCAAUUACGUCAUUGGAGGAAAUGUUAAUUGACUAAUGGGAAACUGCAAAUCUUGGAUUAAAUUGGCUAUCAUUUGAAAACAAACGAAACAACAAACAGUUCCGAUGCUGAAUAAUUGUGUUUGGUAAACAAAACAUUUUAAUCAUUAUUUCCUCAUAUCAUCAUGAUGAGUAUAAUAUAUAAUAAUAGUAGUAUUUAAUAGACGUUAUAGUAAUAAAAAUUUAAAAAAAAAAGGGUUGGCAAGGGGGUUAAAAACAAGUUGGGUCCAAAGGGUAGAAGAAUAAGAUUUGCUGAUCCGUGCCAUCGGAUGAAAAAUAAUUUUCUCAUGUUGAGAUGAUGAUGAUGAUUUGUGGUCCUUGUUUGGUGAGAACACAAUAAUUCAGUAACAUUAAUUGACAAAAUCUUCACAUCAAGUAUUUAAUAAUGCAUUGUGCUGUGGAAAGUGGUGCUGCCAUAGAUACAGUUCUUAAUUGAAAAACAAGAAAAAGGUGCCGUUGCCUUCUACCCGGUAAAAGAAAAGAUUUGCCCAAGGCCUCAUUUUUUCUCGUCAGUCAUCAGGCAUAUAUAUCCCUCUCUUCUCUCUCUCUCUCCAUUUCAUUUUCUCUAAAAAGUCAAACUUAUUCGAAUUCCUUUUGUUAACAUACUAUAACCAAAGAUUUUGCUCUAACCCUCAAGAAAUCUCUCUUUCCUCAGUCUCUGUCUCUCUCUCUCUCUCUCUCUCGUGUAUGAACCGGUGUAUAUUUAUAUAGAUUCACGUGCGUUUAUCAACGUGGAUUUGUCGGUCAAUCUUUACUCGCACAAGGCAAAGCAAAUAAAAAGGAGUGUCAAGGGGGUGGUGGGUUGUGUGUUUUACAUUAAGCAAGAUUGGGGUAGGGUUUCUUUUUUUAAAAAAAUAACUCUCUUUUCAGGGUGUAUCUCACUUCAUCAAGAAAAUAAUAACAAGAAGAUAUUCGAAGCCGUCUUUGCAGUUGUUUUUGUGUAUUCUCUUUGCAAGAACAAGGUUAAUGGAGUUAGCUUUGAGCUUGGGUGAACCCUCAAAACCAUUUUCUUUUCUAAACAAAACCCCAAAGUUAACAAGCAAGAAUCUAGGUUUUUGCAUGGUGCUCGGAAAUGGGUUCAGAUCACAAGAGAAAGGGGUUGCUUUUGAAGGUGGAAGUAGAGGAGAAGCUAGUAGAGAUGGAGAUCAUGACAAAAGGUUUUCUUCAGAUCCACCUCGUCAGCUUGAUCUUCUUCCUUUCUCUCCUGUUCCUCGGACCCAACCUUCUUCUCAGCUUCGCUUUCGUUGGCUCACUAAUAAUCAAACGGGUUCAUCAGAAGGACCGGGAAGAGGGUUAGACGUGAACCGGUUACCGGUGGUCGCGAUGGCUGAUGAAGCUGAGGAAGGAGCAGCGCUGUCGUCUCCCAACAGCGCGGUGUCUUCUUUUCAGAUGGAUUUUGGGAUUAGAAACGGAAGCAGCAUAGGCAAGAGAGACCUGGAAGUUGAAACUGAAAGGGCUAGCUCGAGAGCUAGCGAUGAUGAUGAGAACGGUUCAACCCGGAAGAAACUAAGGCUCUCUAAAGAACAAUCUGCUUUUCUUGAAGAAAGUUUCAAAGAACACAAUACUCUCAAUCCUAAGCAAAAACUUGCCUUGGCCAAGCAAUUAAAUCUUCGUCCUCGCCAAGUGGAAGUUUGGUUUCAGAAUAGAAGAGCAAGGACAAAACUGAAGCAGACGGAGGUAGAUUGUGAGUAUUUAAAGAGAUGCUGCGAAACACUGACAGAAGAGAAUAGGAGGUUGCAGAAAGAACUGCAAGAGUUGAGAGCCUUGAAAACUUCUCAACCAUUUUACAUGCAGCUACCUGCCACUACCCUCACUAUGUGUCCUUCAUGUGAGCGUGUCGCCACCACUUCCACCACCAACGCCUCUGCCGCCGCCGCCGCCCCAUCUGGCAGCAACACCGAUGCCAAAACUGGAGGCUUAACACUGACUAAGACCAGAGGAUACCCUUUUUCACCUAUUCAAACGCAUGUGACCCAGAGCCAGCCCCAAGCCCACCAGGCAGCUUCAUGAAAUCAUUGGAUGUGACCAGUCAAAGGAUGUGACCACUUUUUUUAAAAAAAUUUUGUAAAUAUUAUUGGCUUGGAGGAAUUUUUUUGUUGCCUUUCUUGAAAUUUUUUAAUUUGUCUCUACACUCCAGAAGGUUUCUUGGUGAUGAAAAACGAGAUUUGAGAUUUUGUUAGAUUUUGUUUUGACUGGGGGGGCUGAGGGGGGGGGGGAAGAAGUCUAAGAAAUUUUGUUAGAAUGCUGCCUGUUCUGUUUGACGAGGAAAGAAAUUGAUUAAUUAUAGUGACUGCCCUAAUGUAAUGUAAUCUAAUGGUUUGUUGUAUUUAAAUUGAAUAUUUAAU